UUGACCAGGCUUUGCCAGGUAUUUCCCAAGUAUUAACAUACUUUGGGGUAUGUUAAAAUAUAACCUGCAUUGGAAGUCUUAUUCACUCUUGUAUCCCUAGUAGAUGUUCAGUAAAUGCUUGAUCUGAGUUGAUCAUUUUAUUCCCAGUUCUGUAUGUCCUCAUGAACAGGACAUUCUCAGCUUUUUUCUUUCACCCAUGAGGCCCUCAUGUAAACUUUGAGAAGGGAAACUUGGAUAGAAGUACCCUCUGGAAAGUGGUACUUUAGCACUUCAGCUUCUCCCAGGGCCCCACUAGCCACAUGGUGUUAAUAGUUGGAACAUCUUUGUCUAGGAAACAAACGGGGAAGGCUCCUGGAUCCUCUUCCCACAGAAGCAGAGUGCACCGAUCCACAGCUUCAGUCUCAUCUGGAUGAAGUUGUGUAGAUGGGGCACUGCCUGCAGAGCAGGUCCUGCCAGCCUCGCUAGAGAGGAUGCCCCCGUGUCCGUGAUGGGCUGUGGGACAAGCAAGGUCCUUCCUGAGCCGCCCAAGGAUGUCCAGCUGGAUCUGGUCAAGAAGGUGGAGCCCUUCAGUGGCACUAAGAGUGAUGUGUACAAGCACUUCAUCACAGAGGUGGACAGUGUUGGCCCUCUCAAAGGUGGGUUCCCAGCAGCCAGUCAGGGUGCAAACCCCAGCCCUGGUGCCCCCCGCACCGGCCACACAGAGCCUCCCUCGGAACCACCACGCAGGGCCAGGGUAGCUAAGUACAGGGCCAAGUUCGACCCUCGUGUGACGGCCAAAUACGACAUCAAAGCUCUGAUCGGCCGAGGCAGCUUCAGCCGAGUGGUACGAGUGGAGCAUCGGGCCACCCGGCAGCCCUAUGCCAUUAAGAUGAUCGAGACCAAGUACCGGGAGGGGCGGGAGGUGUGUGAGUCAGAGCUGCGUGUGCUGCGCCGGGUGCGCCACGCCAACAUCAUCCAGCUGGUGGAAGUGUUUGAGACUCAGGAGCGCGUGUAUAUGGUGAUGGAGCUGGCCACUGGCGGAGAGCUCUUCGACCGCAUCAUUGCCAAGGGCUCUUUCACUGAGCGCGACGCCACUCGGGUGCUACAGAUGGUAUUGGAUGGCGUCCGAUACCUGCACGCACUGGGCAUCACACACCGGGACCUCAAGCCGGAGAAUCUGCUCUACUACCACCCUGGCACCGACUCCAAGAUCAUCAUCACUGACUUCGGCCUGGCCAGUGCCCGCAAGAAGGGUGAUGACUGCCUGAUGAAGACCACCUGUGGCACGCCUGAGUACAUUGCCCCCGAGGUCUUGGUCCGCAAGCCCUACACCAACUCUGUCGACAUGUGGGCUCUGGGCGUCAUCGCCUACAUCCUGCUCAGUGGCACCAUGCCCUUCGAGGAUGACAACCGCACCCGGCUGUACCGGCAGAUCCUCCGGGGCAAGUACAGUUACUCGGGGGAGCCCUGGCCCAGUGUGUCCAAUCUGGCCAAGGACUUCAUUGACCGCCUGUUGACGGUGGACCCUGGCGCCCGUAUGACUGCACUGCAGGCCCUGAGGCAUCCGUGGGUGGUGAGCAUGGCAGCCUCUUCGUCUAUGAAGAAUCUGCACCGCUCCAUCUCCCAGAACCUCCUCAAACGCGCCUCCUCACGCUGCCAGAGCACUAAAUCUGCCCAGUCCACACGGUCCAGCCGCUCAACACGCUCCAACAAGUCCCGCCGAGUGCGGGAGCGAGAGCUGCGGGAGCUCAACUUGCGCUACCAGCAGCAGUACAAUGGCUGAGCUGCCAGCGGGAUGCAGACGUGGCGGGCCCCAGCCGGGCCACACACUGCUGGGGCCAGCGACCUCUCUAGAGAUAGACCUGCAUGGUCCAGGGUAGGUAAAUGGCCCCAGCCCCUUCUCUGUGCCUGCAGUGUCCCCAUCUUCACCCUGGGCCUGAACCUGGUGCGACAGAGCGGAGGGAGUCCUAGGCCCUAUAAGCCCCAAACCUGAUUUGGCGCAGAUGCUCCUCUUGGUGGACAAGUGCUCUGGUGUAUAUUGGGGAAAGGGCGGCACUUGGCCUUCAGUCUCACCUCUUUCUUGGCUCUCCCCGAGACCAAAGGGGCAUGCACUGCCAGCUAGAGGGUGUCCUGUGGUCUCAGGACUCUUUGGGACAGUUACUUCUGGAACUCCCUUUCCUCUACCAAGCCUUCCUCCCUAACCUCCUGCCCACAUGUUUCAUGGCAUCCUGACCCUCAUGAUUAUCCUCUAGUGAGAGGCCCAGGUAGGCCCAUAACUUGUGCCUUGGCUGGACUUUCAGCCCCUGGCUAAGUCUAAACAGUCUUCCACCUCCCAGCCCAAAUCUGUCUUCCUUCCCGGUGUCCCCAGGGACCCCACCUGGCCCCAGAACUUGCCAGGAUCUCUCGUGGGAAGGCCAUGGAGUGGCCCUUGGCCCUCUGGACUGUGUGGCUGCGUUGGUAGUGGGCUUGCUCCAGGCUCCAGCCUCUGGCUGUGAGGGUUCCUGCCACCAGCCCACCAUCCUCAGUGCCUUCUUUGCAGAGCCUCCUAUCACCUCACUCUCUCCCUUGGAUGCCCGUUCUUUCUAUUCCCCAGGUGCCUCCUUCCCAACUGUGGGGGGUUAAAAGGAGCCCCACUGCUGCUACCUGGGGGAUGGGGCACCUGGGUCAAAGCAAAGGACAGGGGCUUCUGAGGGAGAGCCCCAUCCGGAUUCCAGCACCAGCCCUGGUUCCAACCUUGGUGCUGCCGGUUGUUGCCUCUCUUCAGGCACUCUCUUCCCUCCUCUGCAGCUGCACGAAGGCGCCAUCUAGUGUCGGGCACACGUGUGGACAGCCUAGGAAUGCCCACUGUGCUCUCCUUUUAUCCUCCAAGAGGAAGUGGGAAGGAAGGAGGGUCCUGGGGCUGCUCAACUGUCUCCCCUUCUGCUGAGCUUCUGUUGCAGCUCCCCCUGGAACUUAGCCAUACUGUGUGACCUGCCUCUGAACCCUGAGUGUGGGGGCACUGCCCUCCUCACGGUGGCCUUGCUUGGUCCACCCUGUCCCUGCUUCUUUUCACAGCAUUACCCUUCCAUUCUGGGCCCCACUGAAUCUCUGUCUGGAGGGAGCCCCGUGAGAGGUGGGUGAAAUUGGAUGACUGCUUUCCGACCAUCCCCCGUCAGUCUUGUGCCUCCCCUCCACCACAGACGGGGGCUGGAGCCCAAGCCCUCUCCCUCCACAGCUGCUCUUUGCAGGUGGGGAGGAGCCAGGGCCCAGCUUUAGCUUUAGCUGGAUUGUGGGUCCCCUGCCAGCAGGGAGGGUUUGGCUCUCAGUUCCUCAUAGUGGGUUCCCUUGGGCCAGGCCUGCAACUUUUUGCAUGUGCCACCUUCAGUGGGAACCACACCCAAAGAGACCACUCUGGGCCACGUCGCCUGUGCCUUGUACACCCGAUCCUCUGUCUCCAGUGCUCCUUGCACACGGCAGCGGCAAGCCCAAGUCCCUUGUCCUCAGAAUUCCCCCCCACGUCCCCAGGUGCCUCUGGGGAUUUAUUUCCUCUUGGCCAGGAUGCACCUGGUCCUGAGAGGAGGACCGAGGAAGUUUGGAGACCUGGGCCUUGUGAUGCCAUGGACUGUGGAUGGAGAAUGUGCAGUUAUUUAUUUUGUGUACUCAGUCUGUAAAGGUAUCCUCUGUACUCAAUAAACAGGCUGCCUUCCCCAGGGAAAGCUGCCGCUUCAUUCUGACA